AUGUCGACAGUCACCAUCCAGCACCCCUCGAUAGGUGAGAUCGUCGGCCGUGAGGGUGACGGUGUGCAUCAAUUUCUCGGAGUCCAAUAUGCAACACUCGAGAACCGCCUGGCCGAAUCCAAAGUCAAGACGUCGUAUCCUUCAGGAGGUUCUGUGGAUGCCACCAGGCAUGGACCGUCGUCUUUCUACCCCCAGACCGCAUUCGACAAUGAGAUGAGCUUCAUUCAACAAACGGUGCCGAAACCGACGGUAGUCCAUUCGGAUCUGGAAUGCUUGAACUUGAACAUCACCGUGCCGAAGAAGACGUCGACGACGAGCUCGAAGAAACUUCCCGUGUUCAUCUGGAUCCACGGUGGCGGGUUCAUUCUCGGAGCAAAUUCCUGGCCGCACUAUGAUCAUGCGAAGUUGGUCAAGUUGGCCAGUGAGCGCGGCGUUCCUGUCAUUGGCGUUGGUAUCAAUUUCCGUCUCGGCUUCGCUGGGCUAUUGACGUCCGAGGAAUUACGCUCAAAGGGUUACAAGGCCAACAAUCAGCUCCGAGACCAGAGGAAUGCGUUCGACUGGGUCAAGCAGUAUAUCUCUGGAUUCGGUGGUGAUCCGGACAAUGUCACCGUCAUUGGUGAGAGCGCUGGAGCGGUGGCCACGACGUUGCACCUUUACUCGGAAGAAAAGGUGUAUAACCGCGCGAUAGCGACGGGCGGGUCGUGUCUCCUGGUCCCACCAUGCGGUCCUGAUGCCUACGAGAGAGUCUAUCAGCAGGUCCUAGGUGUCCUGGGACUUGAUUCUCUCAGCGCGGAUGAACGGGUCGAGAAACUUCUCAGCAUGCCGGCGGACGAGGUCAUUGCCAAGAUCCCUCCAUUCGUCCAGUUCGUGCCGAUGGUCGAUGGCGACAUGGUUCCUGUAAAACCGAGUUACGCGGCCAUCGCCGAUCCGAACGAUGCGAGUAUGCCGGGGAAGCGCUGGGCUGACGGGUUGAUGAUUGGAGACAGUCAAUUCGAUGCGUCCGUCUUUGGCUUUAUGUUGGGUUUUCUCAAGCCAAAUAUCCGGCAGACUUUCUCGAAGUCGAUCCGAAAUUCCUUUUCCUCGAAGCCACAGGUCGCCGAGACCUUGCUUGACUCGUACGGUUUUACGAGUAGCCCGGCCGCCGAGAACGAUGAUGACGUUUCGUUCAUGAAUUUCCUGCAGCUUGCGACCGACAUUGGCUAUUACGCCGCCACAACGUCGUUUGUGCGAGGCUGGCCCGAGUCCGGCGCCGGGAAGUGUUACACGUUCUGCUUCAACGAGCCGAACCCGUGGCCAGGCCCGUUCCAAGGGAAAGCAACUCAUGUGCUGGACGUGGCGUUCUUGUUCCAGAAUUACAACGACAAGCUCGGUCCCGAACAGAAGGCUGCCGCUGAAGGAUUUGGUCUGGACUUUAUGAAGUUCGUGUCCGGCCAAGAUCCGUGGCAGAAUAGCACGGCCGCACACAGGACGGCCAAGGUGUUUGGGCCUUCGCUGGGUCCUAGCAACAAGGGCACAGAGGCCGUGGCUGUCACGAAGGUUGUGGACAAUGCGGAAGAGUCGCCGGAGGAGACGGGCAGGAAGACGACGAUUUUGGAAUUGGGCAAGGAAGUUGGGUUUGACAUGAUCGCGCAGGCGAUGCGGAAUUUCCAGAUGGGCAUGUAAGGA